AAGCUGCCUCUGCUGAUCGGAUCUUUCUUCAUUGGCUGCCCCUUGCGAAUUCUCAUUGACACAGUGACAGGGAUGCAGUAUGUGAUGUGGAGCAUUGGGGUUGGCGGUAAAGUGGAGUGUGUAUAUAGAGAGGUCAACCCCAGAUUCCCCCUCGUUCGGAUGGUUUUUGCUUGCUAGAAUUGACUUGCUACUUUCUACCUUUGCUUUGUGAAAAGAAAUUGAUCUUGUUUAAUUUUGUCAUGGGAGAUAAUGGUACGAUCCUCGAACCUUGGAUGCCUCCCAGGGCACCUCGAGCACUGCCUCCUGGGAAAGGUAAUAUUUAUCCCUUGGGAGAGUCACACGCCGUUAGCGUAUCGCUCCCAACAUGGGAAUCCGUGAUCGGAUUGUCCAGAAAGGAGAAAUGGCUCCUAGACCAACUCGAAUGGAGCUAUCCACGGUAAGUUCUACCUCAACAAACCAAUUCGCGAUCUCUCCGAUGCAGUUCUACGCCGACUCCAGAUUACCGACACAACUGUCAACUGCAUGGUAUUCUCUUCUGCUACUGACGCUCGCCAAUGCGCCACAACCAUCAAGAAAUUACCGUCCGAGAAUCCGAUAGCAGUCGAGGUAGUCCGGUUUGUCAUGCCUCUGGAGUCAAAUCUAGGAGAUACCAGUGCGCACUGGGCCAACUUUGCUGCGGUCUUAUACCCGUCCGAUCAGGUGAAGGGGGCCAUGGCCUUCUGGCGGGACACUGGCUCAGGUCUAUCCACACGCCACGCGCAGUUCUGUCUGGAGGAACUGGACUAUCUUGACUCUGACUCUGAUGUUAUCGAAUAUCGCACGCCAUCUCCCAGGAAGAGGUGCCGGGGCGAAAUCCCGCGGUCUCUUACCUGGAUGCGGGCCGCGGUUGCUAACAAGCAUGAGGUGAAAUCAUUCCUUGCAAACCUGGCUACGUCUGAACAACCAGGACGGAAAGCCGUAAGCCCCGAUGAUAUCUUCCUGUAUCCCACUGGAAUGAAUGCUAUAUACUCGCUCUCGGAGGCUUUAGCUUCGCCAGAGUCCAAGGUUGCCAUGUAUGGAUGGCUAUACCCAGAGACAGUCGACGUCAUCCGACGAGGUGUAUGGGCCGAAUGUCUCUCCUAUAAAUACGGCACCGAGGAGGAAUUGGAUCGAUUGGAGACCCUCCUGCAAUCCGGCCAAAAGAUCAAGGCGUUAUUCUGUGAACUGCCAAGCAAUAUCACCUUGGCGUCGCCAAACCUGCAGCGGAUUCGUACCCUGGCAGAUAAGUACGGCUUCGUUGUCGCCUGCGAUGACACCGUUGCCGGCUAUGUCAAUAUCGAUGCGCUUCCGUACGUAGACGUCAUGAUGUCUAGCCUAACCAAGACGUUCAGCGGUGCUUCGAACGUCACUGGUGGAGGCCUGGUACUCAACUCCCACUCCCGCCAUUACGACGCCAUUCAUGCCACUUUAUCCAGAAACGAUAACAUCCAUUUCCCUCUCGACCUCGACACCAUCCGACAAAACUGCCAGAAUAUCGUCUGGCGCGUUCAGCAAUGCAACAGAAACGCCCUCCCACUCGUCGAUCUGUUCAAAGCCCAUCCUGCAAUCGCUGAAGUAAACCAUCCAUCCAUCGCGCCAACAUCAGCCCUAUACAAAAGUGUCAUGCGCAGGAACGGCGGCUACGGCAAUGUGAUGAGCAUCGUCUUCCACGACCCGCGCACAGCCGAGCAUUUCUACAACGUCUUUGAUGUCUGCAAGGGAUCAAGCUUUGGAACGAAUUUCACAUUGGCAAUCCCAUAUGUUCAACUAGCCAACUACUGGAAUCAAGACAAGGUCGCAAAGCAUGGCGUGCCUCGGCACAUCAUCCGGAUCAGCGUCGGUCUGGAGGAUCAAGAGCAGAUCGUGAAAGCAGCAGCAAAGGCACUAAAGAGCGUGGAUGAAUUCGAUUCCAAGAAACUUCGGAACUGAUCAAACUUAAUGCUUUACCCCCCC